AAUUUUUUUUGACAGCUUAUGACUGUCGAGUCUCGAGAUGCGACUUGCUAUAUAAUAUUAUUUUUAUUUUAUUAUAUCAUGAAGACUUAUAGUUAAGGUUUUAUUAAAUUAAAAAUAUGUUACACUUGUUAUAAGACUAAACGUGUAAGUAAUUGAUAAUACAUUACUAAAAUGGAUGAAACAAAAAGAAAUAAUGAAACAAUGAGUGUUGAAGAUCUUAAGAAUAAAGGUAACGAGUGUGUGAAAAAUGGAAAUUUUAUUGAAGCUGUUAUACACUACACUCAAGCAAUUAAAAUGGAACCAAAUAAUUACGUUUUAUACAGUAAUAGAUCGUUUGCGUUUUUGAAGUUAGACCAACAUUAUUUAUCCCUGCAAGACGCUAAUGAAACUGUAAGAUUACAACCUCAAUGGGCUAAGGGCUAUUUUCGACGUGCAGAAGUAGAAGCCGCCAGUGAGUUGUAUGAUGAAGCAAUACUUUCAUACACAAGAGCUCUGCAGCUAGAGCCUCACAAUCCAAAAUUAUUGGAAUCUAUAAAGAAUUUAACAGACAUGCAAAAGAAAAAAAUUAGAGGUCAGCAAAAUACAAUUUGGAUUUGCACUUGUAUCGGAUUCAUUAUUGGUAUAUGCAUAGUACUAUUAGAUUACUUCUUAACAACAAGCCCCACAUUGACACAUCCUUUAAGUAUGGUGGCAUUUUCAAUAGCUCUGGCUGGCUUAGGAUGGGCUAUUGGAAAAACUUCAACGUUAAUGAGUGCGUGGAGUGCAGGAAAAUCCUUACAACCACCUCCAGAUUUAGUGUCAAAUAACACAAACGAAGAAAAGGAGGCAACCAUUCCAGAAAAGAAAACUAAAUAUAGCAGGGCUCAAGCUAGACAAAGAUAUAAACACGGAAAACUUUAACUAAUUUCUCAUUAAAAAUUAUUAUUAUUUUGAUUGUUCAUUUGGUAUUGCAUUUUAUAUCAUAAUUUGUGGUGUGGAUUAUGCUAAGGAAAAAAAAUGUUUUAGUAGAUUUUUUAUCAUAUUAUAAAAUUUGUAUAGACAUAAUUAUGAUUAGGUAAACUUUUACAAGAGUACUUUUAUUCCAUUUAGAUUUAUAAACAUUAUAUUAAGGUACAGUCGACUAUCGUUAAUUCAACCUGCGAUACUUCGAACCCUCCCUAUAAUUCAAAGUCAUCACGAGUUCCCAACAAAAUUUUAUACACUUGGUAAUUCGAACGAAAAAAAUCAUUACUACGUAACAAAACGACGCGUUAAUUCGAACUCAAACAUUCGACAAUUCAAAGUUGCAAAAAGAAACAGAAAGCUUUUAAGUAGGUAGGUACAUUUCGAGACAAAUUCAAACGUGUAAAUAGAUGUAGGUAUCAUCGUACACGAGUCUUUUUUUAUUAUGAUUAGUUUGACACACACUUCCGCACGAAUUGGUUUGUUUAGUUAUCUUUCAGUUACUGUUACUCUUUCGUUGUAUGAAGAUUAAAAGUUUGUGUUAGUUAUGAGUCGUAAAAAGUAUAAAUGCUUGACGAUUGCUGAAAAGAAGAAGUUAUUCGAAAAAGUACAGAGAGGUGGGAAGAAAGAUGACUUUUGUCAUUGUUAAAGAAGAGCAGUUAUUAAAUUUGUAUGUAAUAAUUGAUCAUCACUUAAUAAUUCGAAGUUUUAUUUAUUUUUUCAAAAAUUCCGAACCAUUUGAUAUCGAAUUAACGAGAGUCUACUGUAUCUACUUUAAAAACCUUGAAACAGAGUUUGUUGAAUUUAAAUUGUGAUUAUUGUAUUAUUAAAAAUAUUAAGACCAA